ACGGAGAGACGGGGACGUGAGCGGCCAUUGAGGGUGGCCAGGGUACCGGUGAGCCCCCCCCCCCCCAUCUGCUCGGUGUGCGGGCUGAGCUUCGAGGGUCUGAACUUCGAUGGAGGAGCACAUGACGGAUCACAACAAGGAGAAGCGUUAUGAGUGUGACGUGUGUGGCAAAGCCUGGCGGCGCCCGAGCGAGCUGGAGAUCCACCGGCGGGUGCACACGGGCGAGAAGCCCUAUUGCUGCUCCACUUGUGGCAAGAACUUUGCCCAGUUGUCGGGGCUGCGGGAUCACCGGCGGGUGCACAGCGGUGAGCGACCCUUCACCUGCUCCAACUGCGGCAAAGGCUUCAAGUCGUCGUCAGAGCUGAAGCUGCACAGGCGCGUGCACACCGGGGAACGACCCUACACCUGCAACGACUGCGGCAAGGGCUUCACCCAGUCCAGCAACCUGCUGGUGCACCAGCGCACCCACACUGGCGAGCGCCCCUACACCUGCACCCAGUGUGGCAACGGCUUCACCCAGUACGCCAACCUGCUGGUGCACCAGCGCACCCACACCGGCGAGCGCCCCUACACCUGCGCUCACUGCUGCAAGGGCUUCACCCACUCCGGCAACCUGCUGGUGCACUUGCGCAACCACACCGGCGAGCGCCCCUACACCUGCGCCCAGUGCGGCAAGGGCUUCACCUGCUCCACCUAUCUGCUGUCCCAUCAGCGAGUGCACGCCUGCGACCAUCCGGUUCCCAGCCCGGUGUGUGGAGAGCGCUUCACCAUGGCCUCCCAUGCCCUGUCUCACCAGCACGUGUACACCAGUGGCCAGCACUACGAAUGCCCGUACUGCGGUGAGUCGUUUGACAGCUCGCGGGGGUUGAGGCAGCACCGGCGGACCCACGCCAGCGAGCAGCUUCUCCCACUGCGACAAGAGAGCACGGGGGCUACGGGAGCACCAGAGGAUACACACCGGAGAGAGACACUUUGUGUGCGCUGGGGGCGACCGGAAGUGGAUGGGGGCGAGACGAGGCGGCCGGACGUGGAGGGAGGGAGGGAGCGGAGGAACAACAAUGGCGGCGAAGACCUUGGAGCCGCUGACGGAGCCGCUCAGUUCACACGCGGCCGUCUCCACCCGUGCGGCAAGAGCUUCACCUUCGGUAGCAAGCUGCAGCGGCACAACCUCGUGCACUCCGGCGAGAGGCCCUUCACCUGCUCCGACUGCGGCAAGAGCUUCAAGACGGCGAAUGAGCUGAAGAGACACCGGCGGAUACACACGGGUGAGAAGCCCCAUGGCUGCUCCACCUGCGGCAAGAGCUUUGCCCAGUUGUCGGGGCUGCGGGAGCACCGGCGGGUGCACAGCAGUGAGCGGCCCUUCACCUGCUCCGAUUGCGGCAAAGGCUUCAAGUCGGCACCAGUGCUGAAGAGGCACAAGCGUGUGCACACCAGCGACCGUCCCUUCAACUGCGCCCAGUGUGGCAAUGGCUUCACCUGCUCCACCAGCCUGCUGGAGCACCAGCGCACCCACACUGGCGAGCGCCCCUACACCUGCGCGCAGUGCGGCAAGGGCUUCACCCGCUCCGCCAGCCUGCUGUUGCACCAGCGCACCCACACUGGCGAGCGCCCCUACACCUGCGCCCAGUGCAGCAAGGGCUUCACCCGCUCCACCAGACUGCUGGAGCACCAGCGCACCCACAAUGGCGAGCGCCCCUACACCUGCGCCCAGUGCAGCAAGGGCUUCACCCGCUCCAGUCACCUACUGCUGCACCAGCGCACCCACACCGGCGAGCGUCCCUACACAUGCGCCCAGUGCGGCAAGCGCUUCACCCAGUCCAGCAAACUACUGCUACACCAGCGCACCCACACCGGCGAGCGUCCCUACACAUGCGCCCAGUGCGGCAAGCGCUUCACCCAGUCCAGCAACCUACGGGUGCACCAGCGCACCCACACUGGCGAGCGUCCCUACACCUGCGCCCAGUGCAGCAAGGGCUUCACCCAGUCCAGCAAACUACUGGUGCACCAGCGCACCCACACCGGCGAGCGCCCCUACACCUGCGCCCAGUGCAGCAAGGGCUUCACCCGCUCCACUCACCUACUGUUGCACCAGCGUACCCACACCGGCGAGCAGCCCUACACAUGCGCCCGGUGCGGCAAGGGCUUCACCAACUCACGGGGGCUGCGGGAGCACCAGCGGAUACACACCGGAGAGAGACCCUUUGUGUGCGCUGAGUGUGACAAGGGUUUCACCCGCAUGUCCAGCCUGUGGCAGCACCGGCGUACACACAGCGGUGAGCGUCCCUUCCCCUGUCCGUCCUGUGGUAAGUGCUUCAGCCGCCUUGACCACCUGCUGGAGCACCGGCAAGUCUACACCGGCCAGCGCCUAUUCACCUGCCCGCUCUGUGGCAAGGCUUUUGCCAGCUCCUUCAGCCUGUUGGCACAACGCCACGUGGAUAGAUAG